AUGGCAGGGAGAAACAACAAUAACAAUGAACUGAAUAAGGUAGUGAGGCAAUCAGCCACUGUAGCUCAACAGUUAGCUGCAAGGAAUAACAAUAAAAAUCCUGACCCUGCUGGGGAGUUGUUUAAGAAAAUAGCCCAAAGCAAACCUCCUACUUACCAGGGAGAACCUGGCCCAAUUAUCAUUGAAAACUGGCUAAGAGAAUUUGACAAGUUGUUUGUGGCAGAAGCAUGUCUUAAUGAGUCCAAAGAGCAAGUGAGGGAUAAGUUCUACCCUAUAUUCAUGCAGAAGCAGAAAAUUGAUGAGUUCCUGGAACUUAAGAUGGGGAGUAUGUCGACGACUGAGUAUUACACUAAGGUUAUCGAGUUAUCUAGGUUUGCAGAAGAUAUUGUGGCUACUAAUAGGCAAAAAGCUAGAAGGUUUGAGAGGGGAUUGCCUCUUUCUCUUCAAAGCAAGUUGUCAGGACAAGUGUUUGACAAUUUGGAUGAGUUGUAUGGUAGAGCAGCGCAUUUACAUGCAUUAGAGUUGAAGGAGAAAGCUGAAAGGGCUGAGUUGGAAGCUAGGGAGAAAAGAAAGGAGCUUAUGACUAGUUCUAGACCGUUUGGAAACCAGAAUAACUUUAAGAAGCAAAAGUUUAACAAUUACCAAGGCAAUAACUUCCAGAACAAUAGGAACAACCAAGGUGGGCGCAAUUUCUCUAAGGGAAAUAGGAACCAGCCUGGAGAUUGUAACCAAAGGAUAUAUUAUUGUAAGAGAUGUUCCAACAACCACCCGGGGAAAGAUUGUGGGGGUAAUUUAGUCACUUGUAACCUGUGCAACAAGCAAGGGCAUAGGGCAUAUGAGUGCUUCUCUAAGAGUAAAUGGGGUCAAGGAAACAACCAAUUUAAGGGUAGUGGACAGAACUGGAAUCAGCAGAAAGGAGGUCAAGGGAGCAAUGGGAAUCAAGUGAAUAAGGGGACGCAGUUUCAGAAUGGGAAUAAGAACACCAAUGGUGGUAACAUACAAGUCAAGGGUGGAACACCACAAGAAACGAGUUCAUACUCAAAAUCUGUUUCAGACAUUGAAUUGGACAUUGAUUCUGACUCAUGGUUACUCUCAAUUGGAAAAUGUGAUUUUGCGAUUACCCCUGCCGCAAAUCUUACUUCCUGA